AUGGCAGAAAAGGGAGGAGGAUUCCAUAAAGGCAAAGGCCCACGGAACAAUAACAAUAAUAAUAACUACAAGCAUAAGAAGAAUCCGUAUUUGAAUCUCCGAGAGAAGAAAGCCAAUGAUAUCAGAAAAGCCAUAACCCACAGAUCAAGAUUAAGAAAGAAGUACUUUCAACUUUUGAAGGAAGAAGGAUUAGAAGAAAGACCCAAGGAAGUUGGAGAAGAUAAGGAUCAACAACAACAUCAUCAUAAAGAACAACCAAAAAAGAAUCCUACUAACUUUGCUGAACGAGCAAAGAAGGUGAAGGAAAGGAAGGAAGAAAAGAGACAAGCCAAAUUGGAAUCUGUUAGAGAUAAACGAAGAAGACUUGAAGAGAGUGAACAACGAAGAGAACUCGUACGUUCCCGAGUCACACAAAAGACUUCUAAAGGACAGCCAUUGAUGGGACCAAAGAUCAACAACUUGCUUGAUAAGAUAAGGAAAGACAUGGACGACCAAUGA